GUAGUGCAGUAAUAGAUAUGGAUCAUUUAUAUGAUUUCAUUUUAAUGACACGUAACUACUACAUACUCACAUAAAAUACGUUGCCCUUUUCGACAUCACCACUGCUAUAGCUAGGCUAGCCAUUACCGUGUGAGGGAAGCGUAAUUACUAUGGGAGCCAACAGUUACGGUCAACUGGGACAGGGACAUGUGGAGGACCAGUCCCUGCCACAGCCGGCACCCACCACCGCCUUCCAAGUCCAGGCUGCCCGGACACUAAGCGGUGGAGGGGGGCACUCGAUGGUGGUCACCGGGAACGGUGAAGUUUUUGUAUGUGGGCAGAAUAACAAAGGUCAGCUUGGUCUUGGACACACCCUGGAUGUUUACACUCUUGAACUCUGUCCUAGUCUAAGGCAGAAAAUCACCAAUGUAUCCUGUGGUUGGGAUUUUACACUCCUUCUUUCUGACAUUGGUCAAGUACUAGCAUGCGGAUCUAAUGCAUUUGGACAACUGGGCAUCGGAGAGACUGUCCAGCUUUCAGCAAAUUGUCUUAUUGUACAGAGUAUAAAGGAGCCUGUGGUGAGUACAGCGGCAGGACUUAGACACUCACUUGCUGUAACAGUCUCAGGUUCUGUAUAUCAGUGGGGAACUGGUCUUUGCAGUCAUGCCAAAAGAGUCUUCACUAUCAGUGCUGUACCAUCACAUUUCAGUAGCAAGCUUCCCUGUCUGGUACCUGGUUUGGCAAAGACAUGUCCACGUAUGGUAACUGCAGGAAUGGCACAUUGUUUAUAUCUUACAGAGGACGGUGAUGUGUUUAUGUGGGGAAGCAACAAGCAUGGUCAGCUGACUUCCUCAGAGCCUUUUGUUUCCUCACCCAUUUCCCUAAAGUGCUGCCAUUUGGGUGGAGAAAAAGUAACCAAUGUUUGGAGUGGAUGGACACAUAAUGUGGCUCAAACAGAGUCUGGGAGAGUGUUCACAUGGGGCAGAGGAAAUUAUGGACAGCUGGGUCGCACGGGUUCAGCCAAUCAGAACUCAGAACUGUUGUCACAUGAUCCUAUGGCAGAAGGUGGCAGCCAGGAGGCCUGCCUCCCUGCAGAGGUCAAAGUGCUUAGAGGAGCCACACAGAUUGCCUGUGGAUCUGAACACAACCUUGCAAUUGUUGGGAGCUGUCUUCUCUCCUGGGGUUGGAACGAACAUGGAAUGUGUGGAGACGGGUCACACACUGAUGUCCUGCAGCCACGUCUCAUCCCAGGGCUCCACCCGCUCCUCAUUGGCUGCGGAGCUGGACACUCUUUGGCAUUGUGCACUGCGACAGCUCCAUCUCAGUAACAUCCAGUAAUCCGAGUUCAAAGGAUUCCACAACACUAAAUGCUGAUUUACUACACACCGUAGUAUCAUGUGCCUUUUAUCAAACUGCCCAUCCCACAAUAACUUUCACCUCCUCUGAACCUUUUGCAAAGGUCACACAUUAAAUCGCAUUUGCCAUAAAUACUGUCAUGUUGAUGGACACAAGUUGAAAUAUGUUUUCUUUGGAGUGAAGCUAUAUUUUUUCCACUGGCGCAUCACCUUGAUGGACAUGAUCGGUGGUGAUGGCUUUGCUGGAGCUGGCGCCUAUAGCCAUAUAUGGUAUUGGACCGCCCGUUUUCAUGAAUGAAGCAGUUAUGGUGCAUUGAGGUGUGGGCUCCUUUUGUGCUCUGGCUCCACUUCACCUGCCAGCUGUUUAAUCACUGUGAUGUUGAGCGCUUGGAGACAGUUAAACCAGACUUUCAGUGAAACACAUUGAAGGGUGCUGAGUUAAUGCCGAUAAUGAUUUACUGUUUAAGCAUAAAAAGCAGCCAUUUUUUCCACUAUCCUCUUUAUCUGUAUUUUUAUCACACUUUGACUGUUUCAGUGUCUUGCUUGUCACACUUACUUGAGUAAUCCCUCAAGAGAAAAAUGUAAUCUUGGGCUUUUUACCCACUCUAAAUAUUUAUAAGCAGUUGGUGUCCGCAGUGCAGCACCUGGGGAUCAGUGACAAGCCUGGGGCCAGUACACAGUCAAGGGCAAUGACAAGCUCAUGACUUGAUGCGUCUAAUCCGCUUUUAGAAAAAUUUUCAUGGCAAUGCAGUUUUAUUACAGAAUCAUAAAUAUCAUUCAAUUAAUGCACUUGUGUGAUUUAAACGAUAUAAAAUGUGUACUUCGUAGUAAAAAAAAAAAAAAAGAUGCGCUGAAAAAUAAUAAUUCGUGUUUUAUUUUAUUUGAUCACUAUUUUAUUGUACAAUCUGAACUGUAUUAUCACAAAAAAAUUCCCUAAACAGCAAACCAAUCAGAACGAUCACUGAACACCUUAUUAGGAUGACUAAGUACAAAAUGCACGGUGCCCACCAUAAUCUGAAGUCUUACUAAACGGCACAUUGUAGUUGCCUCUUUGUUGCAUUAUUGAUCCAGUCAUAAUCGACACAACGGUCUUACUGAGUUGAUCAAAUCUUGUUGUACCUGACCAGUUUUCAGAGUGUAGGCAGUGAGUUUGCAGUUGUUUUGAAAAAGUUGGUCCCUUUUUUCUAACAUUUUGACCUUGUAAUCUUGAUGAAUGUUCACUCCUACCUUAAACUGCUGAUAUGUGAGAUUUUAUAUGUACUGCACUGAUAUUAAUGUCCAGAACUGAGCUUUUGAUGGUUGAAACCAAUAGCUAUUUCAAAAUAAAAAAUGUACCAUAA